AUCGUAGAGUUUGCACAUGUCAAAUUUUUCACAGAGAAGAUACGAUGCAACAAAACUAGUUAUUACUUUGUAUUGUUGUUGCUGUUAUAAUGUAGAUUUAAACCCAAUUUAACGUUAUUAGGUGAUGCCAAAAGUUUGGAGCGGUUUAUGAGCAGGAAAUUAGGUAGUUUAUGAAAUGCAUUGUAUUGAAGUAUUUAUUAUUGACAUUUUUUUGAAAGGUCAUUCAGUAACAGUUCACUAGCCACGACCAAAAAACUGGAAGUUUAUCUCAACAAGGCAUGCAAUGCAUUCACUUAAAAUUCAAGAUGAAAAUCUGUGCUACUGGUGGGGAAGUUCUAGCACUUUGGCAUUUUUUGCCCUUAAUUUCAUGCUCCGGUACCUAACACCUCAAAGUGCCUCUGAAGAUGUGCAUCAGAGAUGGAAGUGGAGAAAUACUGCUAACUCCUUGCUGCAUUCUACAAUCAGUGGCAUCUGGUCAUUUCUUUGUGUUUGGCAAAUUCCAGAAAUAAGACAAGAUCUUAUAUCAGAGUAUGCAUAUUCAGCACAUGCAGCUUUAUCUGUUUCAGCAGGCUAUUUUACAUACGAUCUUAUUGACAUGGUUCUUGGACAUCGGAAAAGAAGUAGCUAUGAACUGAUGGUCCAUCACAUUCUUGUUAUUCUGUGUUUUGGACUUGCCAUAAGUACUCGAUCUUUACUGGGAUUUUGUAUAUUUGGUCUACUGGUAGAAGUGAACAGUGUCUUUCUGCAUGCUCGCCAACUAAUGCAUCUUCAAAACAUAAAUCGACAAAAUGGACUUUAUCGAAUUAAUAGUGCUCUUAACGUUGGAACAUUUGUAGUUUUUAGACUGAUGACUAUUGGAAUUUUAUGUAAAUGGGUUUUUGAGCUCAGACACAAACUGACAACUGUUGCUUAUAUUUUUGGGAUGACGACAUUACCAACCCUUUUUGCUAUGAACGCUGUUCUAUUUUUACGGGUUCUUAAUACCGACUUUUUGAAAAGACGAAGUGAUACUAAAUUGACGCAAUUACUCCUUCAUGAAACUGAAGAUUGGCGUGAUGAACAUAAAAAUGAUUAACACCUGUGUAGUUAUAAAAUGUCUAUUCCAGAGAUCACAAAAUAAGAAAAAUGUGAGGAGUUAUACAAUUCUUCAUGGCUCAUAGUCUUCCAAUUCUCAUACAAAUAUUUAAAAAAAUUCUAAUGAUUGAAUAUUAAGACAGCCAACUUUUAUCUGUAAUUAUAUAAUAUAUACUAAUAUUUGUAUUUUUAGAUCAAUUUUUGAAGUAAGGAGAAUUAAUAUUUUUUGCAUGUAUUGAAAAUAGGAUUGAAAGUUUAUUCCAGGUGUGACCAUUUGUAUCAAUGUUUUGUUAAGCACUUUGCAGUUUAAACAGUAUAGAGAGUACUGGGAUUCAGCUAUUUUUAUAAAAUUCCAUAAAUUAGAGAAAAUGCUUUUUGAAAUUGUUAAAGAAGAAACCAUUUAAAUAUAGGAUUCUAAAAAGUAUUUAGAUUGAAGUGGUUGACAUUAUACAUGUUGAUUAUUAAAAAUUUUGUUUUAAAUUUUCGUCACAAAUUGAAAUUAUCUGAUAGGACUAGCCAACUUAAAGUAAUUAUUGUUUAUAUUGAAGAUAUGUAAGAAAGAAAUCAAAAGUAAUUAAUUUUUGGUUUGUGAUAUUAGAAAGGACUGGGUUUGUACAACCAUAUAAAUUUAAUGGAAAAUAUAGUAUACUAUUUUAUCCAUAUGCAUCAAUAACAAGUGUUCUUCUUCAAACAAUAGGUAAAUCUUAUUUCAGUCAUUACUUAAUGAUUCAUUAUUUACUCCUAAAUGUUUUACAUUAAAACAGUGAUAUAUGAAAUAGAAUGUAAAAAGUCUCGUAUGCUCUAUAACAUAUUUGAUAAUUUUGUCAAUUGAUGCAAUGGGUUAAGUUUACACUUGAAUAAGUAUUCAAUUAAUUACAUUUCAUUGGGUAAAGAGGAUCAUUUUAUUUUCACCUCAGGUCUGUAGACAGGGGUGAGCACCACUAGUCUAAAGUAAUACCAAUCCAGUUCAUGAAUUUAAUGUAUUGUAUAAAGAAUUGUAAAUAAUUUGCAAUUGAAAAAACAAAGUUCUGAAAUAUGAUUUUUUUUACCAUCUUCAGCACUUUUGACGUUUUAUCAUUACAUUUUAAAUGUUUGGUAAAACCAAAAGGAUUUCACUGAUUCAUUGUUCAUUAAUGUGUUACUUGUAUUCUAGUGAAGAUUUUGACACACACAGAAGCAUUCAGAAUGCAUUUGUAUUUAUAUAGCUUUGAAUGAAUGUUUAAUAUUGCAAAUAUUGUAAGAUGCAAUAGGUGUGAAAAAUGAGUGUAGAUUGCAAUUACUAAUGAGACUGACAUUGUAAAGAAUUAUAAAUAAAAUCUUUAAUAAUAUUCACCUUUGUUAAUUAUUUGC